AUGGCGGGCGCUGCGGCGGCCAGCCCGUCUAGCGCCCCGGAAGAGCCUCCGGGCCGCGGCUCCGGCGGCGCGGGCGACAGCGCGGAGUGCCAGCUGGCCGCUGAUGCGGGCAGGAGGUCAGCCGCAGACGGCGGCGAGGCGGGGGGCGAGGCGCGCAGUGACAUGCAUAGCGGGGGGCCUGUGGGCCUCGACGACCUGCCGUUGGAUCUCCUGGAGUGCGUGCUCGCCUGCGUGGGGGACCUCACGACAGUGCGAGGCGUGUGCUCGCUGUGGAGGGACUGGGCGGACGCGAGGGUGACGUCAGCGGGCCCGCACGCGCACGACCCCACGGCUGCACGCAACGAAGCUGCUCUGGCGUGCCUGGGCGCGUACCGCGGCGCUGAACGGAUCCGAAGCCUCAGCAUCAGCGGCGGCCAGGGCAUCCCUGCGACGGCGUACGCGCACCUCAGUGCACUGAAGUCUCUGUCUGACCUGUCUGUCGCGCGGUGCGGGCUCACCGCGCGCGAAGUCGCGGCCUUGUGCGACGCACUGCGGGCCUGCAGCGCCCCCGUCACGCGGCUGGACUUCUCCGGCAACUACGGGCUCGGGAAGGACGCGGUGCAGGCCCUGUGCCAGUGGCUGUCUGCGAGGAAGCGCGGCGAUCCGGCGCUGCUGGAGCUGUGUCUGGACCAGUGCUUCGACGUGGACGACACUUGCAUCACGCAGCUGGCGUCCGCAGCACCGAAGCUGCAAGUGCUGUCCCUGCAGGACUGCCCAGCGGUAUCGGACGACGGCCUGUGGGGGCUCGAGGGCAUGACGAGUCUGCGCGAGCUGGACCUGCGAUCGCUCAAGCUCGUGAGCGACGAGGGGCUGCGGCCGCUGUCGCGCCUGGCCGGGCUCACCAAGCUGUGUUUGCGCGCCUGCGACGGAGGCGGCGAGACCACGGACUACAACCGGCUGUUCGGGGUCACAAGCGACGGCAUGCGGUUUCUAGGCAACCUCACGAACCUCCAGAGCCUCGACCUCUCGCUCGGGCGCGUUUCCGACGUCGGGAUCGCGAAGCUCGCGCCGCUGACGGGCCUGACAUGCCUGCACGUCCGCCGGUGCCCGCGCCUCACCGACCGCGCCGUGACCGCCAUCGCGGCGAACUUCCCGCGCCUGCGCGACCUCGACGUCGCCUGGAACGAGUCCCUCACGGACGACGGCACCACGGCGCUCAGCGCCCUCACAGAGCUCACGCGGCUCUCCCUGGAAGGCCGCGGAGUCAGCGGCCGCGUCUCACGCAUCUCCGACAAGACGCUGCUCGCCAUCGCAGCCAUCCCGGGCCUCAGGGAGCUGGACGUGAGCCGCUGCGACAUCGGGGACGCCGGCGUGUCGGGCCUGCUCGCGGGGGGAGCCCCGCUGUCUCACCUGGACCUCUCGCACUGCCCCCGCGUCAGCGCGGCGUCCUGCGCGGCCCUGGCGUCCGUCGGGUCGCUCCGGGAGCUCUGGCUGAACGACUGCCACGUGGGCAACGCGGGCUUGAUGGCGCUGGCCGGGGGCGCCGGGGGCAGGGUGCGGCUGCGCGGCCUGCGGCGCCUGUCGCUGCAGGGCGCGGCGGGGGUGGACGGGCAGGGCGUGGGGCACCUAGCGGGGCUGCCGGCGCUGGAGGAGCUGCACUUGGACGGCUGCGGGAUCGACGCGCGGAGCGUCGACGAGCUGCGGAGGGCGUUGCCGAGCAUUUUCGUGACGCUGUGA